AUAAAUAUUUUAAACUUAGGUAUUAGUUAUCGGAAAUGAAAAUUAUCAUCCUUACAUGAGACCACCACUUUCAAAAGAAAUUUGGUUCAAUGAAGAGGAUGAAGCAUCGAAAUUGGUCUUUAAACAAUGGAAUGGAUCUGAACGAAGCUUAUUCUAUGAACCUCCCGAUUUUUAUAUGAAUCCCCAAGGUUUGCUAAACAAUGAAAAUGGAGGUGUCUCUGUGGCUCGUGGUUGGACUGUAAAAAGUUUGGAUGUCGAAAACAGAACGGCUACAUUAGAUGACGGUUAUGUAAUUGAAUAUGAAAAGUGUUUAAUAGCUACUGGCGCUCGACCAAAGAACUUGGACAUUUUCACUAAAGCUCCCACGAACAUUAGAGAAAGAGUAACUACUUAUAGGGAUAUUUGUGAUUUUGAAGAGCUCAGAGAAAUCGCCAAAGAAGUUAAAUCGCUUGCCGUAAUAGGUGGUGGAUUCUUGGGAAGUGAACUUGCAUGCUCACUUGCAAGAUUCAGUAAACGCAACAAUGCAGCCACAAUUACUCAAAUAUUUAGAGAAGCCGGUAAUUUGGGUAAAAUAUUGCCACAGUAUCUAAGCGAAUGGACAACAGAAAAGGUCAAGGCUGAAGGUGUCAACGUAUUGGCAAAUGCAGAAAUUGUUGACGUGAAUUUAAACGAAGAUGACAGAUUAGUCUUGACACUUGGCAAUGGAAAAGAAUUAGUAGUGGAUCAUGCUGUUGUUGCAAUUGGAGUACAGCCAAAUACUGACCUAGCACAAAGUGCAGAUUUGGAAGUUGAUCCUGAACAGGGGGGCUACCUCGUUAACACCGAGUUACAGGCGCGAACAAACCUUUACAUUGCAGGUGAUUGCGCCUGUUUUUACGACCCCCGAUUAGGACGUCGCAGGGUUGAACAUCACGACCACGCUGUUGUGACCGGUCGUUUAGCAGGGGAGAAUAUGACAGGCGCAGCAAAACCUUAUGUGCACCAAAGUAUGCUAUGGUCUGAUCUUGGCCCCGACGUCGGUUUCGAGGCUAUAGGAGUAGUUGACAGUAGUUUGCCCACCGUUGGGGUUUUCGCAAAGUGCACCACCAAAGACACUCCCCAAGCAGUGGUCGAAAACACAGGUGAAGGAGACCGAUCUCUCACUGAACAGAAUGCUGCUGAAUGUCCACCAAGUAUUUUAAAUUCGGAUGAGCAGCAAGAAGAUAAUUACGGGAAGGGGGUGGUGUUCUAUUUAAGGGAUGGCGUCAUUGUGGGUAUUGUAUUAUGGAACGUGUUUAAUAGAAUGCAGGUGGCCAGACAGGUAUUAAAAGAGGAACGAAAGUACGACGAUCUCAACGAAGUAGCUAAACUAUUCAAUAUCCAUGAUGAUUAAGUAUAUUCAGAUCCUUGUGCUGUCUUGGUUAUUAUUGGCUGGCAUCAGACCAAUUAUUACAUCGUAAUCACACUCCCCCUUCAUGUCAUCAAACAAAAUAAUAGUAUUUUAAAUAAGUAGCAUUUUGUUCCAUGUCGUCUCUUCUCUUCGCAUAUUUUUGUUUGGUUAAGUUUUUUUCUCCGAUAUUAUACGAGACUAAUAGUGCAAAGUUCGUUUUGUAUCAUCAAGCGGCAUUUACAAUGUAAAUAAGUAUGUAAGUUAAUUUUUUAAUGAUAUACAAAGGAUUAAUUUAUGCUUUUCAUUCAUUUGAUCUUCUUUACAGGAUAUUGUUUUUUUUUUCGUUGAGUAUAAAAUGUCAAAAAAAAUAAAACAGUUUAUUAAUUUAACUUUA